GUUAAUGACGUUAGCAGGCAGAGUGAGCGGCUCUUGUCGCAGUGACGCUCCCUGGGAAGCCUUCGCGCGCUGGACUGAGACGGGGGCCUGAAGGAUGUUGGAGCGACCAUCAUGGGCCACGCCCUAUGUAUCUGCUCAAGGGGGACCAUCACCAUCAACAAUAAACGUUACCUUUUAAUCCAUAAGCUUGGGGAGGGCGGCUUUAGCUAUGUGGACCUAGUCGAGGGGCUGCAGGAUGGACGUUUCUAUGCAUUGAAACGCAUCAUCUGCCAUGACAAGGAAGAUCGCCAAGAGGCCAUGCAUGAGGUAGAGAUGCACCUGCUAUUUGAGCACCCCAACGUCCUGUCCCUGUGUGCACAUGCCAUGGUGGAGAAGGGAUCCAAGCAUGAGGCCUGGCUCCUGUUGCCCUUCCUCAAGAGAGGGACCCUCUGGCAGGAGGUUGAAGCUCUGAGAGAUAAAGGUGCCUUCAUGCCUGAGGAGCGGAUCCUCGCUAUCCUCCAUGGUAUCUGCCGGGGCCUGCAGGCCAUUCAUAACAAGGGUUAUGCACACAGGGACCUGAAACCUACAAAUGUGCUGCUGGAUGAUGAAGACCAACCGUUGCUGAUGGACCUGGGCUCUAUGAAUCAGGCACGCAUUGAGGUGCGGAGCUCACGGGAGGCCAUGACCGUCCAGGACUGGGCUGCCCAACGUUGCACCAUCUCAUACCGAGCACCAGAGCUAUUCUCUGUUGAGCGCGAAUGCGUUAUUGAUGAGCGCACAGACAUCUGGUCCUUAGGCUGUGUUCUGUACUGCAUGAUGUUUGGCGAGGGGCCUUAUGACAUGAUCUUCCAAAAGGGGGACAGUGUGGCCUUGGCCGUGCAGAACGUUCUCACUGUGCCCCAGAAUACCAGGUACUCACCUGCCUUGGAACAUCUCCUCUCCUCUACCAUGGUGGUGAAUCCCCAGGAGCGACCAUACAUUGCUAACGUCAUCCACCAGCUUGAAGAGAUACAGCCACCUCCCACUGGACAGGACACCACACACAUCUGAGCCCACUGUGUGAGUGGUAAAGAUGGGCCAUCAGAGGAGUUGCAGAACAGAUGGGACCUCAAGAGGUUACACUGAAAGCAAAGACUUGACAUGGCUUCGUUGUGUUUCUGUUCUGUGCCAGGAACUCUUCCACUCUGAGACCGCCUCCUGCCUUGGUCUUUACAGGGCCUCACCUGCUCUGUUGGCAGUUGCUUCCACAAAGCAAGCAACUACUCCUACUGCAUGGGACCCAAGAUACCUCAGAACUGGAGGGUAGGAAAGAUGCCAAGCAUUUUGUACUCCAGUACUGCUUCUGGCUAACCAUUGAGGGGCUGGUGCCCUAUUUGUUUUGGUGCAGGCAUGCCCUCAGUGCCUGUGUGCUGAAUAAAGUCUGUGCAACAAAGCCAGAUAAACAUUUAA